AUGAAUGCAGUGACCUAUAAUGAUGUGCAUGUUGACUUCACUUGGGAAGAAUGGACUUUGCUGAAUCCUUCCCAGAAGAAUCUGUACAAAGAUGUGAUGUUGGAGAUCUACAGGAAUCUCACUAUUAUAGGAUACAAGUGGGAAGACCAUAAUAUUGAAGAACAUUGUCAAAGUUCUAGACAACGUGAAAGGAAUAAAAGAACUCAUACUGGAGAGAAACCAUAUGAAUGUAAUCAGUGUGGUAAAGCCUUUGCACAACACUAUCAUCUUCAAAUGCAUAGAAGAACACACACUGGAGAGAAACUGUAUGAAUGUAAUCAGUGUGGUAAGGCCUUUGCACAACAGGGUACUCUUCAAAGGCAUAAAAGAACACAUACUGGAGAGAAACCCUAUGAAUGUAAUGAGUGUGGUAAGGCCUUUGCACAACACAAUACUCUUCAAAGGCAUAAAAGAACACAUACUGGAGAGAAACCCUUUCAAUGUAGUCAGUGGAUUGAGGUACCUGCCCUCAGCCCCUACCCAGGGUCCUCCGAGAAAUGCUUCGCAGGAGCGAGGGAAAAGUGA